AUGCGCAUCGUCGUACUCGCCACCCUCGCCCUCAUCGGCAUAGCCACCGCCCUCCCCGUCCUCGAACGCGACCCCGCCCCCGCCCCCGCCCCCGCGUGGAACGGCGGCGUCGGCGACACCCACGUCGCCGCGCACCCGCCGCCCACCGCGCGCGACGCCGAGGCGUGGAACCCGCAGCCUGACCCGCCGGGCAGGCAGCACGGUGUGCGCGACGCCGAGCCGUUCAACCCGCAGCCCGACCCGCCGGGCAGGCAGCACGGCGUGCGCGCCGCCGCCGCCGAGCCAUUCAACCCGCAGCCGGACCCCCCGGGCCGCGCACACGGCAUUGUCGUCGGCACCCUUCCCCCGCUUGUGCAGCUCAACCCCCAGCCUGAGCCUCCGGGUAAGUAG